AUGGAGUUGUGCCAUCAAGAGAUGGCAAUUGAGCAGGUGCACUGUGAUGGGCCAGACUGGGGCAUGCUGGCCUUUGAGGUGUUGGACGUCGUGAAGAAGGUUCUGGAGCGAAAUGGCAGCCGCAGCUGGCCGGUUAUGAAGGCCGCCCGGCUUGUCAAUCGGCACUGGAGUCGCUGGGCGACCGAAUCGGUGACGACUAUCCGACCAACAGGAUCACCACCAGGUUUACAGACACUGUCCAAGUUUAAGAGAGUGUCAGAAGUAAAUUUCAAGAGGUGCUUCCUGUUUGUGGACGACCAACUCCAUGCCUUUGCUGGCCUGAAGCUCCUGAGGCACGUCAUCUUGGAGGGCAGAAACGUCACAGACAGGGGUUUGCGGUGGCUGAGUUCGUUGGGUGCUCUCACAGCUCUCAGCCUUAGCAGGUGCAAGCUCAUCACUGAUGUAGGCCUGGACCACGUGGGCAAGCUCACGGAUCUGAAAGUUCUCGAACUGGCCCGCUGCCCCUUCGUCACCGGGGCAGGGCUCGGGCAUUUGGGACGGCUGACAAAGCUGGCAUACCUGGAUGUGGGCGUGUGCGACGGGAUUGACGACGAUGGCUUGAGGCACUUGACUUGUGUUGUGAAUGAGAAGGUGGCGACUGGGUGGGGUGGAGCUGGGAGGGGGGACUUGAUGACACUCGCGACCUUGGACUUGCCUGCAACAGGUCAUUUUGCGAAUCACUUUUUGAGCCACGUGUCGCAGCUGGCGGCGCUCGCCAGUGCGGACUUGCCAUGGUGCGAUCAGGGGGUGGCGGGUGCUCUGGGAUGCGCGGGCAAUUUUGUGGGCCUCUUGGCGUUGAAUUUAGAGAGGUGUGCUGAGAUAACGGACGCCGGCCUGGAGCAUAUUGGAAAGUUAUGGUCACUCGCGCAGUUGGAUUUGCAGGGGUGUUUGAGUAUCACGGACAGGGGGUUGUCCCAUGUGGGGAAUCUGGUGAGCCUGACGUAUUUAAAUCUUUCGGACUGUGAGCAUGUCACCAACGAGGGCUUGAGGAAUAUUGGCCCAUUGGCGAAGCUCGAGUACCUUGCUCUGUGCCGGUGCGAUAGAGUCACGGACGAGGGCUUGAGGCACCUUGAGAGGUUUGAGGCCUUGAAGUGCCUACAUGUCUUCGGGUGUCGGGGGAUUUCCAGGGAGGCAAAGGAACGAUUCGAAGUGCAAGGCACUCCUUGUUGUAAGCGGUAG